UCUUACAUCCGCCCCUGCCCACCUGUAUAUUCCAAACAUUACCAUUCACUUGCCAACAAAAUUUCCUCCAUUAUUGGACAUAACAACACACAAAAACUCUUGAAUAUAUACAAACUCUUCAAUUUGAGCAACGCCCACUUCAAGAUUUGAGCUCAAAAUUAGUGGGUAUGAGAAAGAAUCUAAAUUCAUCACUCAGUUUGGGUACAUUUCCGAGCCCGGGAGCUGGAAAUUUUCAAGAAAAAGGAUGGUGUUCGGAGAGAGUACCACACCCGUCGUCAGGAACAAGUACUCGGCAUAUUAGUGCCUUAACGCCGUUUUACAGUGGCAGAACGAUGCCGUCUAAGUGGGAAGAUGCAGAGAGGUGGAUUAGUAGUCCAGUUUUAGGCUAUGGUGUCACAAAAUAUUCACAGUUUCAGCAACAAAGUCAUUAUUUUCAUCAGCAGCAGAGACGGCCGAAGUCGAAAAGUGGGCCUAUUGUGCCGCCUGGGAUUGGAUAUUACUCGAAUUAUUCGCCUUCUAUGCAGGUUCUUGAUGAUUCUGUGAGGAAUUUCGUUGCGAAUUCUCCGUUUUCGACCGGGGUUUUGAUGCCUAAGGGGUAUGGUGGGCGGUAUAAUGGAGGUGGGAUUGUUGAUCAGGGUGGUGUUGGACGGUCUGUUAGUGGACCUGUUUGGUCUGAUUUGGUUAGUGAAUGUUCAUCAACCAGUUCUCAAGAUGAGAAACUUGAAGGAAUAAAUGAUGCAGAAAAUUCGGUAAAUCGCGUACUUUCGAGGAGAGACAUGGCGACACAGAUGAGCCCUGAAGGUAGCACCUGCUCGUCACCAAGAGGAAGGUCAUCGUCUCCUCCCUCUUUGCCUCCUGUUGAACCUGCUAGAUUGGAAAUUAGGGAAGUGCAAGUAGAUAAAAGGGCGACUCUUGUUAGCAGAACCACAAGGCAUGGUUCUGGCGGGAGCAUGCGUAAGAAACAUGCUCAGGAUAAUAAUCAAAAUGCUUCGAAUUCUCAUAUUUCAUCGUGGGAGAUUUCAGAGGCGUCAUCAGAAUUUUCCAAAAAGCAAAGGGAGGAAGCCAAGAUAACAGCAUGGGAGAAUUUGCAGAAAGCAAAAGCCGAGGCAGCAAUUCGAAAACUUGAGAUGAAACUGGAAAAGAAGAGAUCAUCAUCAAUGGACAAGAUAUUGAACAAGCUAAGAACUGCUCAAAUUAAAGCUCAGGAAAUGAGAAGUUCACAAUCAACCACCACCUCACAAGAGCCUCAACUACCCAAAAAAUCUCAUAAAUUUUCACUCUUUCACCGCCGUCCGAGCUGCUGCUUCGCUGGGGACUCAUAUUAAUUGUUUCUGUUUUUGUACAAAGUAGCACUUAUCCAUGAUGUAUUAUUUUCAGGGAUCCAUUUUGGAACAUGUUUGCAGUUUUUAGGCUCCA